UCCUUAUCUUCUAAAAUGUCUUCCAAGUAGUAGCUCAUGAAUGAUCAUGUAAAUAAUAGCAAUUCAGAUGAUUCCAUAAAGGGGAGUGAUGUGAAUAUUGAUGAAAUUUUAAUCUAACACAAACCAAGAAUUGAUUCAGAGUAAAGUGAAUAUCUAGCAGACAUAGAUGCACUAUAAAACUUGUUUUCUUACAUUACGAAUCCUGUGGCAACAGAACCAGGAUUGAUCUUCGCUACAGAUGCCUUAGCAAAUGACAUUCAAUAGCCUUGUGAUGAUAAUCAAUACAAAUAACAUGUAAUCAAACCUGAUAAAUUGACUACUCUAAGAUCCUAUAAAGCUAUGCUAUUUCUAACAGAUUACCAUAAUCAUUAAAUGAUCAUGUAAAUCAACUAACAUACUAUGCAAAUUGCUUGUAAUUAAUCAAAUCAAUUUAGUUCGCAGUAUAUCUGGGUUUUUUCAAAAUUCAACAUCAAGUGGAAAUUUGACACACAUUAUUGGUCUACUCUAAUUUUAUCUAAAGUAUGAAUUGAAAGAAACUGUCUAUAAUUUUCUCUACUUUUAAUUUCAUCAACAAUUUUUAGAAUAUCUUUGUAAUAAUAAUUUUUAUUCUAUUAGAUAAUCCCCACUAUUUAGAUUUUCUUUUGCGAUUUAUGGAUCCCAAUUAUUCAAAAAUUCCUUAGGAUUUAAGGAAUUAUAUUUGGCAAUUCCUAAAUCGAUAAGGAUAUGUUUCUCUCCUGGUAAGUAAGAUUACAAACAAUGAAAAAGAGGGAGUGUAUCACAAAAGGAGAGAUAUUUCAAAAGAAGCAUAUUAAUUUUUAAAACAUAUCAAUGACUAUAAAUUACAAUUAAUUCAAGACGAUGAUUAAGCUGCCAUCACUUAUUCAAUUAGUAGCAACAUUGAUUAAUAUUUGGGUCCAUUGAUUCCAGGAAAAACUUUGAUGUAAAAUAAGCAGCUUUUAGAGAGAAAAAUGCUGUUAAGUUCAAACCUCAGAAGAAGCUCAGACUUAUCAAGUUUAACUAGAUAAAUCAAUAAAGUUAUUAUUUAAGAAUAUAUUGAUUUAUCUGAAUUAAAUUAAUCAGGAAGAGACAUUGAUAGAUUAUAGGAUGUAGUUUAAUUUUACAGGGAAAUUAGUACUCCUGCAGAGACUCCUACUCUUUAUAAUGUAUACAGACAAGCAUCAGAAGGGAUGAAAGGUUUGUAAUUUGAAUAGAGAUCAUAAAGAUCCCAAGUAACAGAACCUCCCUUAAAUAUUAUUUAAUUACAAAACUCUAUUAGACUUCCAUCUUUAAAUAUUUAACCUCCAAACAUAAUACCAGAAUUAACCACAUCCAAAAAUACUUAGCGUAAACAAAAGUCUAUGACAUUCUCUGAAAACAAUCCAACCUAAUCUGCUAGUAAAAGAUCUGAUCAACCUUAAUAUAUGAGUUUACUGGGUACUAAUGGUAAUUAUUUUCAAUAUUUUAGAUUUUUCAACUGCAAGGUAAAUUAAUUUAACCUAAACACCAACUUCUUAGGCUAAACUGUUUGUUUAUUAUCCAAACUAAGAUAAUAGUGUUGUGGAUACAAUUAUGAAAGAGGAAUAUGCAAAAUAUGAAAUUUAAAAUGAUGAAACAACAUCUUUAAGAAAUAGCAAUCUAUUAAAGAUCAUUGUUUAAUCUAUGCAAAAUUUUGAAUAUCAUUAUGCAUUCGAUGAACUACUAGAUGAUUAGUAUAUCUUGUUAGAAAAACUAUUAAAUCAUUAUUCACUUACACAAACAGCUUUGUUUUAAAGUUCAUAUGAAGAGAAUAGUUCAAAUAAUUGUCAGAUCAUUCUUAUUCAUCUAAUUCAAAGAAUUAAUAAAAAACCCAUGAAUGAAAAAUUAACCAAACUUUAUAUAACAUAUCUACCGAGAAUUUGCAGAAAUUUAACUAAUAUGCAUAAAAUGCAGAAUGAAAAAAACAAUAGAGAAGAAUUCUUUUCUAAUUAAAAUCAUAUUGGAAGUAUACGAAUUUUUAGUACAUAAAUAAUUGACUUAAUUUUAAGUAAUUUCAAAUAGAGAAAUCAUAGAAUUUAUUUAAAACUUAAUGAUACCUCUACAUUUAAUCUAAAUGAAUAAUUUCAUCAAUUACCUAACCCUUUUUAUUAAUAGAUAUUUUAUUCUAUUAUGAAAUAAUUAUGUUUAUUUUCUUAAGAAAAACAAGUUUAAGCUAUAUUAUUUAAAGCCAAUCUAUUAGAAGGAAUCAGUUAAGCAUUUCGUAAAAAUGUAGUCAACAAAGUAAUAGUAAAGUAAGGGAAUGUAGAGGCAUACCUACUUCAUUUAGCUUUGCUGAGUUAAUUAAUUAUUUUAGUUUAUGAAUUGAGGGAUGAUUUAUAAAGCUAUAAAACUUCAUUAUUAAGAUUGUAAUGUUUUCAAAACUUAAAAGAAGUAGUUGAAAUGUUUAAAAAUAAUAAGCUGAUUUAAUAGUAAUCCUUGGAUAUUUAAAAAUACCUUCAGAAAAAAAAAUGA